CGUCCCCUUUAAGCGGGCUGGGUGUGGGCUGGUGGAGUCAAAGGGAAACGGAACAGUCCAACAACAAAGCGUUUUUGAAGAAAAUUAACUCCAAACUGAGCAUUUUAAACGGUUACAGAGCAGACAGAUCGCCACGGUUGGAGAGCUAGAUGCGGUCGUCAUGGUGAAGGAUGUUCCGGAAAGUGAAGAAGCGCCACAGCAGCAGCAGCUCGCAGAGCAGCGAGAUCAGCACCAAGAGCAAGUCUGUUGAUUCCAGUUUGGGAGGACUGUCCAGAUCAAGCACCGUCGCCAGCCUUGAUACAGAUUCCACCAAGAGUUCAGGAAAUGGCACCUCUGAGACAUGUGCUGAGUUCCGAGUAAAAUAUGUGGGAUCGAUUGCGAACUUGCAGUUCCAGAUGAGCAAGACCCUCCAAGAACCUCUGGAACUCAUCAACUAUAUCGAUGCUGCACAGCAAGCUGGAAAUCUGCCAUUCGUCCCUGGAGAUGAAGAGAUGAUGCUGGUUGUGUCCAAGUAUGGGGUCAAAGUUGCCUCGCUGGAUCAGUGUGAUGUACUGCAUCGACAUCCUCUCUAUUUGAUAGUGCGCAUGCUGUGUUACGAUGACGGCCUGGGUGCAGGGAAGAACCUCUUGGCUCUGAAAACCACUGACACAAAGCAAGAGGAGUGCAGCAUCUUUGUGUACCAGUGCAGCAGCUCAGAGCAGGCUCAGUCCAUCUGCAAGGUGCUCUCUGCUUCUUUUGACUGCGCUCUUACAUCAGACAAAUCCUGAAGAUGCCAGUAGAGCUCCGGUAAAUGAGGGAGGUAAAACAACUGCAAAAAACAGCAAGAGAUUUUAUCAUUGCAACCAUUUCCUCUUUUUUUAAUAACUUUUGAGUUUUCACCAGUGGGGAUGUGGAGAACAACUCCACCAGCUUUUGUUUUGAUAUCCAGUUUUCUCAUCGUUCUCCAGAUGAAACGGAGCCACUGUGAAUUUGUGUGAAUCAUUUCCAUGGAAUAUUUUUUCCUGUCAAUCACUUGUCUGGGUGCCUUUUAAAAAUAAAGCAGCUGGUAAAAAAGUAGCAUGUAAAAAAAGAAAGAGGCAAAUGAUUGCAUUUAUAAAGAGCGUACACAGAGCACAGCUUUCACCAGGGUAGGGUCAACUAUAAGAAUGUUGUUAAAAGUUCAUCAUGGUACUAAAUGCUAUGUUGCAGCAUGUCUGAGACGAUUCAUGUCAGCGUAGUUGAUGAAAGUCAUUAUUCAGCGGUACGGUACACAGAUUUGAUUGGUGUUCCUCUUCAUAAGAAACCACUCAAAUCCAUUUUUUCCAGGUUUCGAAUCCUUUUGUGUCUGUUUGUUUUGAAGGACAGUAUUGGUACAACAAUAACAGUCACUUUUUGACUGGAAGGAAUGUUACAAACAUCUUUUUGUUAAUGUGUGCAUAUUUUUGAGUUUGAUUUUAUUAUAAAUGUCCACUUGAUUGAUUGAUAAAGUAUCAUUUCUGUACGCCUGUGAGGUCUGAUGUGUUAUUUGCAUGUGAGAGAGAUUUGUUUACAACUGUGUUUACUUGACUUCACCUUGUACAAUGACAGCCACGGCCUCGCCCUCGUCUUUCUCACUUUGGUCCUGUUGAAAAUGUGUGAAAAUAAGAAAGUUAAAUAAAAUGGUC